AAGUGAGUGAGUCUCUGUUUCUGAAAAACGCACCUAUCAAAUGACCUAACCCCUCUCAUUUCCCAUAUCUCUUUCUCUUUCAUAAAUCUAUUUCCCCUUCUUCAAAUCUUCUCUCCCUCCCCUCCAUGGACCCAACUUCCGACCCUCCGCCUCCGCCCACCGCCGUCCCCUUCACGGCGGAACCACCCAACAACAACCACGUGCCCACGGCUGCUGACGCUAACUCCAUUCCCAACCACCCACCUUAUGACGAGAUGAUAUACACGGCUAUUGGGGCUCUGAAGGAGAAAAAUGGGUCGAGCAAACGCGCCAUAGGAAAGUACAUACAGCAAGUGUACAAGAACCUUCCAACCACUCACUCUGCUCUUCUCACUCACCACCUUAACCGUUUGAGAUCAGUUAACCUUCUUGUCAUGGUAAAAAAAUCAUAUAAGCUCCCCGGAUCUGAUAAUCUUCCACCAUCUCCUCCCUCCCAAGUCCACAAAACCCGUGGCAGGCCCCCCAAGCCCAAGCCCCAGCCCACCGCCGACCCUGUCUGGGCUUCUCUCGGCCUGUCGGAUGACCCUAACCCUGCCUCUGCUCCUCAGUCUGGAAAAAGAGGCCCGGGUCGUCCAAGAAAGAUUCUAGGUCUGAGCCCGGGCUCCGCAGUCCCGGUCCGAAGAGGCCGCCCACCAGGCUCCACCGGGAAAUCGAAGGUUUCCAAGAGGGCCGGGCGUCCACCCAAGCCCAAAUCCGUCUCCGGGAUCUCCAGUGGGCUCAAACGACGGGGCCGCCCGCCUAAAGCCAAAUCCAACCUCUCCGUAAUCCCCUUUGCCUCUCCGGUUGCUCCUGGCCAGCCCACCAUGCAGCCCAUCAUUCCAACCGUUUCUGUGCCCAAUGGGUCCCCCAGACCUAGAGGACGCCCCAGAAAGAUCGUUCCUGCUGGUGUUGCUCCACCGCUCACUCUCACUCUUGCCGCCGACGGUGGUGCAGCCCGUGGCCGUGGACGGCCACGCGGAGUGUUUUCUGUGAUGACCUCGGGUAGGCUCCAAAAGCUUGCCGUUGGAAGGGCUAAGAAUCCUGCAAGAAGGCCAGUGGGCCGUCCUAAGGGAUCAACUGCUGCUGCAAUCACUGCACAUAAGGCUGCUAAUGAAGAUCUAAGGAAGAAGCUUGAACACUUUCAAACCAAAGUGAAGGAGUCUCUUGGCAUGCUUAAGCCAUACUUCAACCAUGAAAGCCCAGUGACUGCAAUUGCAGCAAUUCAAGAGCUGGAAGUGCUGUCAACUUUGGAUCUUAAGGCAGCAUUGAGGGAUGAGACUCAGCAACAGCCAGAGCCACUGCCACUGCCUCAGACACAGGUGUAUGAACAGCAAUAUCCUCCACAGCCACAGGCACAGCCACAGCUUCAGGAGUUUUUUCAAACACAUACAUCAGCUCAAAGCUAGGCAUGAAUCUGAUGAAGAACUUGUACAAGUGUUUUUAACUAGGCACAAGAGGUGUAAAGCGUGUAGGAAGUAGCAGAAAAAACCGAGUUCUCUGAGAGAGUGGAAUGACUGUCCAUUUUAGUUUGUUUUCUCUAGUUUGACCUAUGAAGCAUGAGUAGCAGCUGGUACUGAUGAUUCUGUUGUUAUUUAAACUUGUUUUUUUCGACUUUUACAGCUUCAUUUAGUCACAUUAAUUUGUGUGUUGACUCCUUUUAAUCGAUUAUUCUCACUAUCUACU